CUAUUUCCAUCUAUGGGCCAGAUUAUAGUAAUGCUCAUCAGCCACAGUUGACAUCUUUUCUCCAGAAUGCAGUCAAUAAAGUUCUCAUUGUGUGCCCACCAGAGCUCCUGCUCCUUCAAUGCUGCGGCCAAAGAAGUUGCUGUGGAAAUAUUAAGUGCUCAGGGCUGGACAGUGGAAGUGUCUGAACUGUAUGCUUUGAAGUUUGAAGCCACUGUCACUACCCAGGACAUCAUUGGAGAAGUAAAGAAUGCAGAUCACUUCCGCUAUGCAGAGGAGACCAAACUGGCCUGGGAGGCUGGGAAACUGUCUGAUGACAUCACUGGGGAGCAACGCGAACUCACUGAGGCCAACCUCAUCAUCAUUCAGUUUCCGAUGUACUGGUUCACUGUUCCUGCCAUCAUGAAGGGCUGGAUGGACCGGGUGCUCACACUGGGUUAUGCUUACUCACAGGAGAAGCGAUGCAGUCAGGGAAUCUUCAAGGAGACGAAAGCCAUGCUGUCCUUCACCACAGGGUCUCAUGAGUCAAUGUUCAGUGCAAACGGCAUCAACGGAGACAUAAAUGUAACACUGUGGCCUCUGCAGAAUGGCAUCCUGCACUACUGUGGCUUUCAGGUUCUGGGCCCUCAGAUCUUCUGGGCUCUGUCCCACAUUCCCACUGAGGCACGUGGCACCAUGCUGGAGGGCUGGCGCAAACGGCUGCAAGUAGUGGAGGCAGAACAGCCACUCUACUUCGCUCCUAUGGACUGCUUUGACAGGGAGAAGGGCUUCCAGCUGAAACCUGAGGUCUCUGAGAAACAUGCUGCCAAGGAGUUUGGACUGACGGUGGGGACCCACCUGGGCAAACUUCUACCACUGAACAACCAGAUUAAGGCUGGCGUCUGAAGAUUGUGCUGCUGGUGUAUUAAAUAAAACUGAAUAUUCUGACUUUGAA